CUCCUCAUUUGAAAAACGCCCCGCACGCGUGCAUCAGUUAAAUCGCGCGCUUUUACCACAAGCUGUCAUUAUCAGCGACGGUUGUGCUUUCUUACAUGAACAUGAACAUUUACUGACACUCACUGCUCAUGAAUAUUUCUCAGAGUAGUGCGGGUCUUGGUACCGUGCUGCCUCUUACUAGUUUCGAGAACGUGCUUUUGUUUCUCUUCAAUGUAAUUCACGCCACCGCCACCAUUUUCCUCAACGUGUCCGUGAUUCUGUCCAUCAUGAUGAACGGAUCCCUGCGCAGCGAGAACCGCUUCAUGUACAUGCUCAGCACGUGUCUCAGUGACAUCUGCUCGGGCGUCUCGUAUUAUUAUGUUGGAGUUCUGGAUGUACGCGAUUAUUAUGACUCUCCGGCACGCACUUUCUAUAUCGUUCCCACUUUUCUGGGUCUGUCCUAUAUGGCGAUUCUGGCCGCGCAGGCGGACCGUUACCACGCGGUCUCAGCGCCUUUCAAAUACUCGCAGCGCAUGACCCGAAACAGAACCCUGCUGGUGAUUCUGGCCUACUGGCUUUAUGCUUUUUUGAUGGUGGCUGUAAAUAAUUUGGUGACUAUGGGGAUCGCUGAAAAAGUGACGGGCCUUGGUACUUUUGUGGCGAACAUUUUCACCGUCAUUAUCAUGAUUGGUUUGAACUUCAAGCUGUUUUUCAUCGCCAGAUUUCAGGUAGAUCGCGAACCGCCGAGCGCGGAACGGGACAACAAGCGCGCGUCCAUUUACCUCAUCAUAAUAGUAGCCAUGUGUUUUCUGAUCUCGUAUUUGCCAUUGUUUCUUCAUUCAACUGUGUGCAUUUUUAGGGGGACCUCGUGCUAUCCGUUUAAAAAUGAUGGCACAGAUCCUCUGCGCAUUUUGGCACGUCUCAAUGCGAUCAUCACACCCUUAUUGUAUAUCAGGGGCUGUACUGCACUCAGGAGCACUAUAUUAAUUAAAGUCUGGAGAACACAAUGCUGCAGGAUGAAAGGAGUGAACCCACAGACUGUGGAAAAAACUGAAGACAGGAUGUAGCAGUGAUCUUCGAGAUCAUUUCUACCACAAGCCAAAUGACUUUACUUUUAAAUAUUCACUAAACAUUUGUAAAUCCAAAACACAUAAAGUUAACUGUAUGAGCAGUUUCAUGUCUGUGUC